AUGGUGUUGCAGCCAUGGCGGUGUUUGAUCUCCUUUCUCCGGUUCCAAACUUGCAGAUCUGAGCCUCUUAUCCAAAUUUUCUUCGUUUUUUUGGUGGGUAUGAACUAUGAAGACGCUUUGAUGAUGAAUUUAAAAUGCACACGGGAGUUUUCAUCAGCUGCAAAAAGAGAGACACUCGAAGAUACAAUAAGAACAGUUGAAAGGUAUUCACGCAUAAUUGUGCCGACGCAUUUUGAAAGUUCUGUUGCUAAAAGGGUAGCCAUGACAGCUAACAGUUAUGUUAUUAAUGCUGGUGAUGGACCAGGGCAACUGAUGGACCAGGAUGUUGCAAUGUCAUGUAUUGUUGAUGGUGAGGCUUUGGGAGUAGCUCCAAAGAAGCAAUCAGCCAUUGACUGCUAUUGUUAUGGACACUGCUCUAACAAACACAACUGGGAGAAAUUGAGUUUGUCAACAGAAUCAAUUCAAAGGAUGCAUGGAAGUCAAAUUGGUCGACCAGUACUCCACCUUUCUUGGAGAAAAACAACCAAACAUGUACCGUGUUUUGGAAGAACUACCUCAUGUGGUCUGAUGAUCCAAAAGAAAACUAAGGAUCCUUCUAUUCAAAUGUUCCUUGAAGUCCCUACAAACAAGCUCAAAUUAAACAUCGCAGAUUAGGUUAACAAGAGUACAUAAAGACUAUGAUACCUUCUGCCUCAAUUUCAGAGAUUAUAAAGAAGAGUUGAAGAUGUUUAUGGAUUUCAUAGAGACUUUGACCUACUGACAGACAAAUUUUUCGUUGACAUUUUACUUCGACUUCUAUGCGUUUUUAAGACAAUGUACUAUAUUUAACACAGAAGCGACACCUUCCAACCCCCGCAACGCGGGGGAAACACUUCUAGUGACCAUUAUUUUCUAAU